AUGUUCCAGGAGCUGAAUUUAUUUGUUUUUGCUGCCUCAGUUGUGUUUAAUUUUGUUGGACUCAUUGUGAGUCUGUUUAUUAUAGUGGUCAUUUACAAGACUUGGGUUAGAAGUCGUAGACUCUCCUCUUCAGAUAGGAUUCUGUUCAGCUUGGGUGUCACCAGAUUUCUUACUCUGGUAUUGUUUCUACUGAAAACUGUCUACUUGUCUUCAAAUGGUAAGAAGUCAGUCUACUUUUCCAUGGCUUUUGUAUUUUGUUGGAAGUUUUUGGACUCUAACAGUCUCUGGUUAGUGACCUUGCUCAACAGCUUGUAUUGCGUGAAGAUUACCAACUUCCAACACCCAAUGUUUCUCCUGUUGAAACGGAAUAUUUCUGCAAAGACCACGAGAAUGCUGCUGGCCUGUCUGCUGAUUUCUGCCUUCACUACUCUCCUGUAUCUUGUGCUCAGUCAGGUAUCACGUUUUCCUGAACACAUGACUGGGAGAAAUGACACAGUAUUUGACUUCAGUGAGGGCAUCUUGAUCUUAGCAGCCUCCCUGGCCUUGAGCUCAUUAUUCCAGUUUGUACUCAAUGUGACUUUUGCUUCAGUGUUAAUACAUUCCUUGAGAAGACAUAUACAGAGGAUGCAGAGAAACUCUACUGGCUUUUGGAAUCCCCAGACUGAAGCACAUUUGGGUGCUGUGAAGCUGAUGACCUGUUUCCUCCUGCUCUACAUUCCCUAUUCAGUCGCUACCCUGUUCUACCUCCCUUCUUCUGGGAAGGAUUUGAGAGCCUAUGCUGUUUGUGUGAUUAUUACUGCUGCGUACCCUCCAGGACACUCUGUCCUCAUCAUUUUCACACAUUCUAAGCUGAAAACAAAAGCAAAGAAGAUUCUUCGUUUCUACAAAUAG